GACCCCAGCCGCGCGAAUCCUUAUUUCCCCAAAUUCCUGCGGCAGGACGCCGAGCUGUUGCUGUUGGCAAGUGAGCGCUGGGCGGGCGCCCCACUUGGGACGGCGCUGUGUAGAUCGCGGCGGGCGAGAAGCGCGUACUGCUUUACAAUACCCCCCACAAGUUUACGACACCUUCCAAGAGAUUUGUUGCAGGAGCUUCUCAAAAACAGAAGCCAGGCACAAUAAUAAACAUAUUUCAAAAUGAAGUUUCAUUUAACUGCAGGAAUAAAUAAGAAGCAAUGCAGAAAUCAGAAUGCCCUGGAGGUUUACAGUUGAGAAACAGGGUAACAGGAAACUAUGAUCAAAGGACAUCCUCAAGUAGACCAGUAAAACAGAGGACUACAGUUCAGCGAAGCAAAUCCUCCUCAUCAGUAAGCUCUCCAGAAUCUGCAAAAAAACUUCAUCCUCGACCAAGUGAUAAACUUAACCCUAAAACAAUUAAUCCUUUUGGUGAACAGUCAAGGGCUCCUUCUGCAUUUGCAGCUAUUUACUCUAAAGGAGGUAUUCCUUGCAGAUUGAUACAUGGUUCAGUAAAACACAGGUUACAGUGGGAAUGUCCUCCUGAAAAUCUUCCAUUUGAUCCUCUUCUUAUUACUUUAGCUGAGGGUCUGAGAGAGACUAAACAUCCGUAUACCUUUGUGUCAAAGGAGGGUUUUAGAGAAUUACUUUUGGUCAAAGGUGCUCCUGAAAAAGCUAUUCCUUUGCUACCUAGACUGAUUCCCGUGCUAAAGGCAGCUCUGGUCCAUUCGAAUGAUGAAGUGUUUGAAAGAGGAUUGUGUGCUCUGGUCCAGUUAAGUGUCAUAGUUGGUCCUUCCCUAAAUGAUCAUCUGAAACAUCUGCUUACCAGUCUUUCCAAGAGACUAAUGGACAAGAAAUUCAAAGAGCCAAUCACAAGUGCAUUACAGAAGCUGGAGCAGCACGGUGGAAGUGGAAGUCUUUCAAUCAUUAAAUCCAAAAUUCCAACGUAUUGCUCUAUAUGCUGUUGAAUAAGGGAACCAACAGAAGUCAUCCUCCUGCCGACCAUGGAACCCUGGAACCUUAUUCAGUUUGGUUUAUUCUGUAAAUCACAACCACCAGUCAUUGUUUACUAGGUUAAGAUAAUUAUACGUACCUGCUGAAUCAUAGUGAAGGUUACUCAUCAACUAAAAGGAAUGGCUAAUAAUGGAAAGUUAUUAAAGGAACUUUUGUAAUAGUGUAAUUUUGUGGUUUUUUAUCAUUUGUGUGAAGAACCAUUCAGUUUACAAGAUCAGGUGUGUUUGUAUUUAUUUUCUAGUGCCUUUUUAUUUGUAACAUGCUUUUGCAGUCAUUUGUAGCUGUGCAUUUAUAUUUAUAGAUUUUUUUGCCAUUUCUUAGUUUUAUAUAUAUCAAGGCUAUAGAAAUUUAAAAUAUUGGAUUAAUACUUGUGAAUUCACUAUUUUCAUUGUAAAUAUGUAUUUUAUGUAGGAUGCUUGGAAAAUUACUUGCCAGAGUAUUCUAGUUUAAGAAAUUUUUUUAAGUGUAUAAAUUACAUUACGGGUUUGUUGUGUUUUACAACUUGUUAAAACUACCUAAACUUUAGGUGUUCAUUGUAUUUAAGUAAAUGUUAUUUUUGCAUUUCAUGACCUGAAAAUAUUGAUGUUUAUAAACAGAUACUCAGAAAUUAAAAUCCUAAAACUUAUAUUUAUUCAGUGACUUUGUUGUGC